AUGUCUUCUCUUUUGCUUGAGAACUACGAAUAUUACGAUAUGCCCAAAAAGCGCUCGCUGAAACCAGUGAACCGUGGCUUUGCAACUACAUCCGUACAAAAGAAGCCUGAAGAUCCUAAACCUGUCGUUGAGGCCCCGCAAGCUCCCGCGCCCGAAGACAGGCCGUCGACACCGCUUUCAACGAGCCAGCAACCCAUCAACGACGAUAUCGUGCAGCAGUACUACUCCAAGGUACUCAAGGAUGUUGAGAGGAACGUUAAAGGUAUUGAUUAUGAUAGAAAGCUCGCGAAACAGCUCCCAACUCUUCAGCUUAAUGAUAUCAACUACAAAGAAUUCGUACCGACAUUCAGCUGCGACGAUAGCCACAUAGACAGUAAUGACAAGAUAUUUCACAAGCUUGGAGUUACUUACAAUACUUUGAAGAGGCUGGGAUUCACCCAUUCGCUAGUAGUUGACUCUUUUAACGCUACAAACUCAUUUGACCUGCAAAACGCUUUGGUAUGGCUUGCAUUCAACGUCUCUGAUGAGCAACUCAACGAUACUGCGUACACGACAAUUCCGCCUUCUCCUCCGAAACCACUCCCAACGCCUACUCCGCCAGCCUCUUCAACGCCCAAAAAGACUUCUGGUACUGCUAGUCCCUCGUUGACCCCUUCCAAGCCCAGCAAACCCGCCUUCGAUGUUCCUCAAAUUACCCUGUCCGAUGACGACCAACUCGAGCCUACACAAGCAUACGUCCGCUUCAAGCUGGAGCUCGACGAUGCAGAGCGGGCUGCAGGUAUCGUCAAGAAGAAGAAAAAGUCUAAGGCCGAUGACUGUUCUGAUCCGCAAGUGAUAGCUUUAAGGGCAGUUGUCGAUCAGUUGCAAGGAAUGUAUCUAUUUGAUAAGAAAGACGCCGACAAUGCUUACAGGGAACAAAGAAAUGAGCUCGACAAGGAGCUUCUCCAAGAACGACUGAAACAACCGCAACCACAGCAUCAACAGCAACCACCUUCACCCACGCAGGAGAAUAAAAAAUCUGCUGAUCCUGUUGAAGAAGACAUGGGCGAUCUCUUCAAGGAAGAAGAACAAGAAGAGCUCACACCUAGCGGUAAUCCUAUGCCUGUCAUUGACAUGACUCUUCCAAGACAAAUAUCUGCGCGCUCAAUGCCAAAGACUAUCGUUGAAGAAACAAUCAUCAAGAUCGACAAGUCUGCUCAGUCUUACUUUUUGAUCGUAUCUAAGGGAUCUCGUGCUAUCAGAGCAUCAGGUUUUGUUCAAUGGGGUUUAGAGUUUCAAUACGCACGUGAUGAGCACGAGAUGGUUGACGUCGGCUGCCAGAAUGACACACAGGCUAUUAAUUACGUCGCGUUGAUGCUACUUCACAAGGUUUAUCUCAAGCAUCCAGCGGCAUGUACUUUCAAGCACUCACAAUUCCCACUUUCAUUCCAGGAGCUGUGGGCAGAAGUUGAGAACAAGCGUAAAACUGAGGAAAGCGCUAAACAGAGCGAGGAAUACCUAAUGCUGAAGCAAUACUUUGAUGAAAAGAUGGAAAGUGCACCAUCUAAAUACAAAUCGACACCAAAAGCGACCAAAACCAACGCAACUGAUGGAGAAUCUCUUUCACACUCCCAAAAGAACUCUGUAUCGAGAAAAGACAGCAAGUUGCAGGAAAUCUUUGAACAAAGGCAGCGAACAGAAGCUUAUCAAACCAUGUUACAGUCGAGAAAUACACUUCCAAUAGCUUCCUAUCGUGAGGAGAUCCUUAACACAAUCAACUCCUCACAGGUCAUGGUCCUCAGUGGUGAAACUGGCUGUGGCAAGUCUACCCAACUUCCUGCGUUCAUUUUAGAGGAUGCUCUGAGCAAGGGCGAAAAAUGCAAGAUCUACUGUACCGAGCCUAGGCGUAUAUCUGCCAUAUCCCUUGGAUCUAGAGUUUCUGCUGAGUUGGGUGAAAAGCCGGGUACUUUAGGUGGACCGGAGUCUCUUGUCGGUUAUGCCGUACGAUUGGAGAGCCAUAUUGGUAAAUCGACGCGACUGGUAUAUGCCACGAACGGUAUUGCAUUGCGUAUGCUUGAAUCAAGCAAUGGUCCAGACGGAAAGAGUGCCUUUGAUGAUCUCACUCAUAUUGUCAUUGACGAAGUACACGAGCGCUCUAUUGAGUCAGACUUUUUGCUCAUCGUGCUGAAGUCUUUACUUCAGCAACGCAAAAACCUCAAGAUUAUUCUCAUGAGUGCGACUGUUGAUUCCAAAAAAAUUAGCUCGUACUUUGGUGGAUGUCCUGUUAUUAGCGUACCAGGACGUACUUUCCCCGUAGAUGUUUGCUAUCUCGAGGAUGCCAUCGAAUUUAGUGGUUUCAGAAUCGAUGAAACCUCGCAGUAUGCUCGUAACCAAUAUGACCGAAUUGCUAACAAGGGAAAAUCACAAAUAGCGGAGUGGAACGAGGAUGAAGACGAUGAAGAGAAUAACAGUGGAACAUCUACACCAAAGGAUCAAAGCGUUUCAUCGGCUUUGCCUAAGCUGAGCCCAGACACAUUCACGACUCUCAAUCUUCUCAACGAGUAUUUGAUUCCGUAUGAUCUGAUAUUAAAGACUUUGGAAAGGCUCAGUACGGAUGCUCAAUGGAUUCAUUAUUCUAGCGCAACACUCAUUUUCAUGUCUGGUAUGGCAGAAAUAAGACGUAUGAAUGAUAUGCUGCAAGAGCAUCCGCUGUUUGGUGAUAGCUCACAGUUUAACAUUUACCCGUUACAUUCCAGUAUUGCCUCUGACAAGCAGGGUGCAGUUUUUGACAUACCACCACCAGGAGUUCGUAAAAUUGUCAUUGCUACAAACAUUGCCGAGACUGGUAUCACCAUUCCAGACGUGACAUGUGUCAUUGAUACUGGUAGACAUCGCGAAAUGAGAUUCGACGAGAAGAGACAGAUCUCACGUCUUCUGGAUUGCUUCAUCGCCAAGUCGAAUGCUAAGCAGAGAAGAGGUAGAGCCGGUAGAGUAAGAGAAGGUCUUUGUUUCCACCUUUUUACUCGUGAUAGGUUUGAGAAUGGGCUUUCCGAUCAUCCUUUGCCCGAAAUGACUCGUCUUUCAUUGCAAGAUCUCGCUCUCAGGAUUAAAAUAAUGAAUGUUCAGAUAGGAUCAUCGAUUGAGGACGUACUUAUGCGCGCACUGGAUCCACCUACCUCGAUCAAUAUCCAAAGAGCGAUUUCGUCCCUUAUUGAAGUCAAGGCGCUUAAGUCCAAUGAAGAAAUCACUCCGAUGGGUCGCAUAUUGUCAAGACUGCCAGUCGAUGUUCAUAUUGGAAAGUUUUUAUUAUUUGCGGUUAUAUUCGGUUGCCUCGACUCUGCGCUUACAAUUGCUGCAACUCUUAACUCGAAGUCACCAUUUGUUACGCCGUUUGGUCAUGAAACUGAGGCUAUGAAUGCCAAGAAGGCUUACAACGAAGGUAGUAACUCUGACUUUGUUAUUAUUGUCAAGGCAUACAAUGGUUGGAGACAGGCAUUAAAAAAUCAAGGAUGGGCAUUUAUGAAGAGGUAUUGCGAUCAAAAUUACCUGAGUUUGCAGAACCUCCAAUCAAUCGAAGAAUUAAGAAUACAAUUAAUGUCUUAUUUGAUUGACGCAAACUUUGUUAGUCUGAAUCAUAAGCAAAUGCGAGAGCUUAAUGCUGCUCGCAUGGUUCGCACAGGAAGAGGGUCAUUAAAGUUUUUCGAUAUCCCCGAGGAGCUUGACUAUAAUGCAGGAGAUUAUUCCAUUCUCCAUGCAGCCAUUGCGGCUGGACUAUUCCCCAAGAUGAUAUCAUUAGACUGGUAUACGAAGACGAUGAAGACGAUUCAAAACAAUGCGGUAGUUUCUAUACACCCUUCAUCGCCUAAUUUCAAAGUAAAAUGGCAAGAAUUUGGGUCGACAUUCCUUUGCUAUUUCACACUUUUGCAAUCGAGGAAGCUUUACGCUCAUGAGGUUGCACCUAUAGAUAUCAUGGCAUUGAUACUGUUGUGCGGAGAUAUAGAUUUGAAGAUGACUUCAAACACGAUACAAGUACAUAACAAAGUGAAAGUAUCACUUGAUCUACGCACUUGUGCGCUUCUUGCAAGUCUGCGUGAAGGGUUGCAGUCGGCAGCAAACGCAACGAUCAGAGGAAAGGAGUGGACGUCGUAUCAAACGCACGCAUUUAGAACUGCAUUAGACGUUUUGAAAGGCACACAUUGA